AUGUUGUCAUUGGAUGCUUUCUAAAUUGCAAUCUAUUGAUUUACAUCUGACGUAUCUUGAGUUUGACAUAAUAUCUGCUCGACUAAAGUAUCAACAUCUAUUACUAUGGAGAGAUUUUGCAGUUUGCACCCCCCAUAUCGUGCUGCUUACUUGUCCUCAACUUUUUCAAAACCCCCAAGUACGUGCAUUCGGAAUGUUGGAUAGAUGGAGAGAGCCUUACCUGCAAAGUCCCACCAUGUGAGUGGCAUUCAAAGUCCAACUUACUCUCCCCUACCAUGUGCCAUGACCUUUCAUGAUUUCUAACAUAAAAUUUGCCCACCCAACAACCCCACAUUUUAUCCUGUCUUAUCUGUCUCCCUGCAUGUCCACAUCACAUUCAACUCAUAGCAAAUCUACUCUCUAUUUGUCCUGUGUAGGCAUUUGCUAAUGCAUGUCUCAGACACCCUCAUGUGAUGGCUGCACUGUAAAUACAGCACUGCAUCAGCACACCCAUUUAUUGCAUCAUCAACUCUGCAUGUAAUUAUUGGCUUGUUUGAGGGAACAAGCCAGAAGCAUAAACAAACAAGACCAUUACAUAUUAAACUAGGUUUCUCAAUUGUUUAUGAUCCCUCAAAUCCCAUCAGAUUGUUUAUAAUCCCUCUUUAUUGGAAAAAAAUAUAGAAAAUUAUUUAUGAAUUGUCGAGGAUCUGUUUGAUGGACUGAUGCAUUGUGAACUUAUCAGGCUGCUGUAGAGCAUUUGGAAAUCACCAUGACAUGGUAAGUUGUGUAUGUACAUGAAUGUGGAAAUGUUUUAUUGAUUGCUCAUGCAAUGAAUGCUGCGUUGCCUUUCCCGGGACUUCUGCAGAUUUCAGUCAAAUGAUUGAUUAUGGUUGCCUGUGAUGUUGACAGAGAGUAUGUGAGGCUGAGUAACGGCUCUCGUAUUCUCCUGCAUUGCUCUUUAUUUGUUAAAUGGGUACGGGCAUUUUAAACUAAGACUUAAAUUUUCCCCAUUGCUUUUUUGUAGCGUCGCUUCAAGGGUCAGUUUGCUGCUCAAAACUAUGGAAGCCGGAUUUGGGUUUUCCCUGAGCAAAUGCUUCAAGAGUAGGUUGACUCGGAUUCAUAAUCUGUGCCAUUUCUGACAUGGGUAUUAUCUCAACAGGGUGAAUUUUUUUGUCAUGGGUCUGCAGUUCUUCUGUGUUCAUUCAGAGAUUAGGAUAACCCAUGUUACAAAGCAAAAAUUUCAAUUUGCAUUUUCCCAUGCAAGAAAAUCUCAUUGUGGCUCAGAUAUUCAUCUGGUCUCGGUCUAAUGCAGCUGUUAAAGUAGGGAGCUUUCUUCCAGAUUUCUCAACAUGGAGACAUCUUGUCAUGCAUACAUUGUUCACUUGGAACAAUGCAGGAAUUUUAUAGCAACUUCGUUAUUCGUUUGGGUCAAUGCAGAAGUUGCAUUAUAUUGUUGUCGUUCUCUUGAGCUGUUAAGGCAAAAAAUUUAGCAGACCAGUUUUUGAGUUGGGCUGAUGCAGAAACUUCAUUAAACCCAAGUAAUUCACUGGGGUUGAUACAGUUAUGAUCCAGGUUAUACGGAGUUACAUUUGCUGUAUAAAGCUUUAGAAAAACACAAAGCUAAAAAAAGGAGCCAUUAGGAUGCUCAGGGAUUAAGUUUCUCAAAUUGGCCAAUUUAUAUUUUUCAUUGUAGUCCUAUACUUCUGCCAGGAAGCACAGAUUUAAUAAUAAUCUGCGUUUCAUUUGUAGCUCACCGGGCAGUUUCAAAAGCAUUAAGUAUCUGAGUUUACAUUUGUUGGGAAACUAGGUCAAUGCAGUAUUUGUAAGGACUGAUUACUAGGUUGAAGGCAUUAAGGUUCCUUUAUUGCCGAAGCAAUAUUUUGUGGGAAUUUGACAAUGGGAUCUGGCAAUAGUAGGAAUGCAGCUGUAUCGUCAAUAUCUAAAGAAGGGAAUCCACGGCAAAGAGGUGGAAGACGGCAUUUGUUUCAGUCCACAUGUUUUGGUCCAUUCCCAGAAUUAGCUGACAAUUCAUCGGAUAGGAAAUGCAGAAGGCCCGUAGGACCUGCAACUAGAGCUCAUGGUCAACAAGAGACUAAUUCUGGGAAGCAAUCAAACACUGAAAAUGUGAAAGCUUCUGGAUCUCGUGACUUAUAUGAGUCUAUUUCUUCAGCAGAUUACAAUGGAAGAAGACGAGGAAGACAUUGUAAACCAAUAUCUAGUGCCAGUAGUAGCACAGUUCGAGAUAGCAUAGCUCCUGAAUUGAGAACUUCAACUAGCAUUGAUAAUGAGAUUUCAACAAGAAGUAAGUUUACUAAAUACUAUCAGAAUAACUACUGCUUAAAUAUUCCCAGCAAUAAUGCAGAUCAUUCUACCUUCCAAUCAAGGAGGACUCCACGUUCAGGGUCAUUAGAAGAAUACUCUGUCUUUGCAAGGAGACUAAGACAGCAACGCACUAGUGUUGAAGUAAAUCAAGGGUUUAGUGUGGGUCAUUUACAAAAUGACACAACUACACAGCAAAUGCAGGAGAAUGGGUUCUGUACUGCAUCUGAAACUAGAUCUAGACAUCAUAGAAUUCAUUCAGUUCAAACAAGGCAAUGCCAAUCUGCUGGCCUUUUUAUAAAUGCCACAGAUUGGAGAGACACAUUUUCUGAAUCUUCCACUAUGGCACAAAAUGAUUACAUGAGUUCAGGGCAAGCGAUGUCGAACAAUAGCGACCAGAAUGUUGUAAUGUUAAGGCGUUCUUCAUCAAUGAGAUUGGACUCUAGGGAAACAAGACGAAUUCAGGGCAGAUAUGGGACAGCAGACCAUAUUGACAGGAAUGUGAGUAUCAGAAGAACUAAUAGCGGUGGUCAUAUGCGGGAUAGAACACUUAGGCAAGAAUCAGCUGAAGGCUUGUUUACCAUGCUAGAUAGAGAUUCAGUGGAUAGAGAAAUAAGACGCCAUAAUGGAAGAAGGCUGUGGGAGUCGUUAAGGAGGAGUUCCUCACAUCGACAAGUUGGAACCCAAGUAGCUACUGGACAGGAUCAGUUUUUUCGUACACUUAGAUCUCUUAGUGAUAAUCGAAGGCGCAGUGAUGAGAUUUAUCAAAUAAAUCAAGAUGCAAUUGUUGACAGUCGGAACUUUGCAGAACAGAGAAGUUUACUUCUAGAAGAUAGAAGGCGGCGGGCUAGAUCACAGGUCCGGGCAUUGCAAAACCUUAGCAAUAAUUUUGGAAAUUUAGCUGGACACGAGAGAUCAUGUAUUUUGGGUGGUCAACAUCAUACAGCACGCUGCACUUGUCAAAUUGUUGGACGGACUGAUGAGUCAAAUACCAGGACAAGCCUCUCAAGAAUUAUGAUGCUGGCAGAAGCUUUAUUUGAGGUUCUGGAUGAAAUCCAUAGUCAGUCAAUGGCUUUAUCUUCACGAGCCUCUGCUGUUUCUCUUGGACCAUUCCCAGCUCCAGAUUAUGUUGUUGAAUCCAUGCCAGUACGGAUAUACAAAGAACACGAAAUUGUUACGAAUGAGGAACCUGCACAGUGCUACAUAUGUCUUAUGGAUUAUGAAGAAGGAGACCACAUGAGGGUGCUGCCAUGCCAUCAUGAAUUUCAUCUAAUCUGUAUUGAUAAAUGGCUGAAAGAGAUACAUAGGGUAUGUCCACUUUGUCGUGGUAAUGUUUGUGAUGUUGGCUUGACAAAUCUCAGUAGAGAUCCAUAAAGGUCUAACAGAAGGCUAAUUUGCAUUCAUUAAGCUGAUCAAUAUCCACCCUUGUUGAUAUUAUGCAAUCAGAAUGAGUCGGAUAAUCAGAAUAUCUAUUACUUUGCUGGUAUUUGUUCUGUGAAGAAGGUAGCAGUAUUUAUUGGUUAUAUAAUUGCAUCUAUUUUUGCCAGGUUGCACUAAAUUAUGUUCAGAGCCUGCAGUGAAAAUCUUUUGAGAUCCCUAGUACUAUUUUAGAAUUUAAGUAACCUGGGGUUGUGAGGCAGGUGUAGUCUUUAGCCUUUGCAUAUUGUUUAUAUUCACAAUGCGAAAUCUUUGAACUCUAUUGCUCUUUAGUUGAGUGAAAUUAUCAUUUGCUGCCUCACAUUCCUGUGAAGAAAUAUACCUGUUGUUGUGGGCCUGCAUUUGAAAACAUUUAUAUUUUUGAGUUAUUUAUAAUUGCAAAAUAAUUAUGUUAGA